GCCCCCUGCUGGCCGCUGUUUGGUAUUGUCUGAACAGAGAGAGGGCCCACAGGCUGUGACAGCUCCCCUUUCUCCCCCCCCACUCAUGAAGGACACUCAGUUUGUGUAAUGUAGUCGCACAGCAAGGACAGGAGAGCGUCUGGAGGAAAUCCUGGGAAACUCUGUGAUUUCACCAGGAUGGGAACCAGAAGAUAUGAGACAAGAUGACACAGAGCGACUGAUUUCUUCUUCUUCACUGGAUGCCUGACGCGGUGCGACGAUGGGAAACAUCCUCCAGUGCUGCCGCGGAUUGUUGAGCUUCUUCAAGCAUCCGGACGAUCCGGUUCAGCGCGGCGUUGAGCAAUCCCCUCUUCUAUCAAGCGAGGAAAGCGAUUUUGACUCUUUGGAUGACAGCAUGAUAAACCCUUCAACUGGAAUAGCAAACCCUGCUCUUGAGCCAGAGCACUUCCUGUUUCCUGACAUCAUACUCAGCAGCAACCCUGCAGGCGAAGUGACUCUGGUGGAGCCCAUGGUGUGUCUGCUUGUUUCUGAGGAAGACGAGGCGCAGGGAGAUGAAGAAGACGCGAGGGAAGGAAGAGACAGGAGUUUCUCUGAGGUGGAGACGCAAACCGAAGUGGAGACUCAGAUUAGUGCGGAGGUUCAGACUCAGACUGACUCUGAGGCAGAAAUUCAGACGGAGGACGAUAAAGGCAUCACAACUUCAACAAAAGCAAAAUCAGAAAUGGAGCAAAACACCAAGCUUCAUGAAGAAAGCGUAGCAGGGUUUGUUUGGACUGAGCAGCACCAGGUACUGAUCCAUCCCAGUGGAAAAGGUUCUGAGAAGACCGAACACUUUGAUGCAGAACGUGAAAGCAACAACACUCAUGAGGAACAUGAACGAAGUGAUGAAGAUCCAGGAGUUCAUAACGUAAAAAAUGAAAUUAUCCACCCUGAUGAGUUAGUAGACGAGUCCAUAUUUAACGAGACUCACAUGAACGAUGCGGAAAACAUAAAGAGAGAAACGGAGGACCAGGAUAAAAAUGGUUUGCAGCCCCUUUCAGAGGAGCCGCUUGUCAAAGGUGUGGCUUCAGAAAGCUCUAAGGUUCUCCAGCUGUCCAACAAGAGAAAAACUCUGCCGAGUGAUGGAGAAGCCGCUGAUCUUCAUGAGGACGAGUUUACAGUCCAAAUUCAGCCGCCUGGAGCAGAAAGUUUUGAUCUUCAGGUCUCAGGGCAGAUGUCGGUAUCUGAGCUCCAUCAGGUGCUGAUGGAUCAUGAACUCACCUGCCACGGCUCCUGCUUCUCCCUGCAGCUGGGAGGGGCCGUCCUGGACAGCGCCGCCGAACUGGGCUCCAUCCAGGGAAUCCAGGAGGGGGCGCUGAUCAGGGUGGUGGAGGAUUCGUACUCAUUGCGGGAUGUUCGUGUUCAUCUGCGUCACGUUCGCAACCUGCUGCGGAGCCUCGACCCUGCAGGCCGCUCGCUGUCCUACCUGUCCUUAUUCACCAGAGCACACCAAGAAAGUGACAGUAUGGAAAAGGGUUCAGUGUCCCGCAGCCCUCCAUUUUACAUCCUGCCUGGGUAUAAGGAAAGACGUACUCCUCUGCAGCCGAUCAGAGACGACUGGAAGCCUCUGCAGUGCCUCAGAGUCCUGAACAUAAGCAGCUGGAACCCGCCUCCAGGAAACAGGAAGCUGCACGGAGACCUGAUGUACAUCAGCAUCCUGACGAUGGAGGAGCGAGAGCUCAGCAUCACCUGCUGCUCACGGGGUUUCUACCUCAACCAGUCCACUGCCUUCAAAUUCAACCCCAAACCUGCAGCUCCUAAAAUCCUCUGUCACUCUCUGGUCGAUCUCCUGAGUCAGCUCAGUCCCUUGUUCAGGAAAAACUUUGCCGUCCUGCAGAAGAGGAGAGUUUAUCAGCACCCGUUUGAGUGCAUCCGCGCUCCGGUCCAGGUGUGUACCUGGGCGGCGCCUCCUGGAGAUCACAGCCUGGACUGUGUGACUGCAGAGGAGACAAACGGACAGAUUCGAGACUGGAAUGAGGAGCUGCAGAGAUCCAGGGAACUUCCCAGAGCUUCGCUGCUGGAGCGGCGGAACAGAGACAGACGACUCUUCAGGAUCAACAGUGACUUUGUGGCCGCUGCAGCUCAGGGUGCCGUGUCCAUGACGGAGGGCAACGUCUUGCCGCUGAACCCAGGGGAGCCGCCUCACCUCCACGUCUUUGUGUGGAACAAUCUCUUCUUCAGCCAGGGAUUCGACAUGUCGGACCACUACGCGCCAGUAGGGGGCGAUGCUGCCGCUCACGCUGCUGCCCUGUGUGACCUGAGAGGAGUUCAGGCGUAUGCAUCCGUGGACACAGAGGGGCUCCACACACUCGGCACGGCGGUGGUGGAUUAUCGCGGCGUCCGUGUCACUGCUCAGACCGUCGUUCCCGGGUUACUGGAGAAAAACCUCAAGCAGAUAGUUUACGGCUCUAAUGACAACGGGAAAACAGUUUUUACUCACCAAUGGUUUUUGGAGCUUCUGGGUGAGAGCAGUAAGUCGCUGAGGAUCCAGCCUCACCGGGUCCUCGACCACAGCAACAGCCCUGUGGAGCUCCGGUCUGCUGUCUCCACAGUCGGGAUAUUUGGCAGCGAUGGACGUCCGUACAUUUUGGACCUCCUGCGGACUUUCCCUCCGGAUCUGAACUUCCUGGUGCCGGCUGAGGCGCAGCAGGAAGUUCCCGCAGCGUGUCGCAGCUUCGGCUUCCCGCGGCGUCACCGCCACGGCCUGGCCAGCCUCCGGCCGCAGCUGGUGGAGGCCUUUGUCCAUCACAGGUAUGAGCUUUUUGCUAAAAUGGCGUCCGAUGACCUCAGCAAUCAGUUCGCCACAGAGAAACCUGAGAAACCUCAGAGAGCUGCAGAACAAAACAGAAGGAAUAUCUCCUGGAAAACUUGUGAAAAUGUCGGCUCUGUGAGUGACUCUCACUUUGACAUCCGCUUCAAUCCUGAUGUUUGCUUUCCAGGUGUGCGUUUUCCCUCCGAGUGUCUCCCGGACGUACAGAGACAGAGACGUCUGCUUUGGGACGCUGCUGCGUUUCUUCUCUCAAAUCAGAUUCCUGCAGUGCUGAGGGACUGCCUCGACCAUAAGGCCGUCCCGAUGGAUGGAGCGACUCUGACCUCAGUGAUUCAUCAGCGGGGCGUAAAUGUGCGAUAUCUGGGUGCCAUGUUGAAGGAGCUGGACGAGAUGGAGGAGAGAGAAAAACUCAGCCAUGUGCAGAGAAUUGCCAUCAGUGAAGUCAUCACCAGAAGUGCGAAACACAUCUUCAGGACCUACAUGAAGGAUGUGGAGCCUGCAGCUUUUUCUGCAGCUGUCAGUCACUUCCUAAACUGCCUCCUGAGCUCGUCCUCCGCUCCUGUUCCUGAUUCCUGCAGCGAUGAGCUGCCGUCCCGCCGCAGGAGCCGCCGCCGCCGAACCCAGAGCGACCGAGCGAACUUCCCGACCAGCAGUUUGUGGGCAAAACUGACUUCUGAUGAUCUGUGGAGCAGGAUCAAGGCAGAAGCGGAAGAUUAUUACCAUUAUACAUUUAAAAGUGAAAGCAUAGAAGAAGAAAUAGAAAAGCACAACCUUCAGAAGAUUUCACUUUUGAGAGAGAUGUCCAUCAAGACAGGCAUUCAGCUGCAGCUGAGAGAGUACAUGUUUGAGUGUCGACACAAGCCAGCGUUCAGCGAGAACGACGUGAUGAACAUGUUUCCUGUGGUCAAACAUCUCAAACUAACGUCGACUGAUGCUGCCGGACUCGUACAGCAAGCACAGCUGGCAGCACAGCGGGGGUUUCUCAGAGCAGGUCUGGUCUUGCUUGGUCGAGCCCUGACUCUUUUCAGCAGCGUUUGUGGGAUCCUGCAUGAGGACGUUUCCAUGUGUCUGCGUCUCUUUGGGCGGCUCAGAUACACCUUAGGAGAAAAUGAUGACGCUCUCAUUCUUCAGGAAAAAGCUGCUUUGAUUUCUGAGAGAAUACAAGGGACAGACCAUCCGCAGACCGUACAGGACUAUACUCACCUAGCGCUGUAUUAUUUUGCGGGAGGCCGCCUGUCGACUUCCCUCCAGCUCCUGUAUCGCGCUCGAUACCUCACCCUGCUCGUUAUCGGCGAAGAUCAUCCACAAAUUGCACUUCUGGAUAGUAUGCUGGGUUUAGUCCUCCAUGCCCUAAUGGAAAAUGAGCUUUCACUGAAGUUCCUGCAGAACGCCUUGACUUUAACCUCUAAAUAUCACGGUGCAAAAUCGCUGAAGCAUGCACACAGUCAUCAUGUGCUUGCCAUUGUUUAUGAAAGCAAAGGGGAGUUACAUUUAGCUCUGCACCACGAAAAAGAGGCUCACAUUUUAUAUAAAAACCAGCUUGGUGAGAGCAGUGACAGCACAAAGGAAAGUUCAGAAUGCUUGCAGAGGCUCACGGAUCAGGGUGCGAUCCUCCAGAGAGCCGUCCGCCACGUCGCCUCUGGCAAACCCAGUGCCUCUGUCUCUCCUCCGAGGUUGCCAAAUCAUUCUGUGAUUCUGCAGCAGCUCAACCUGACUUGUGGGAUUACUUUCAUCCCACCCAGUGAAAAAGAGCUGAGAGCAGAACUAAACGAAAGAAGAAAAGUUCAAAUAGAAGACGUGGCAUAUCAAUUAUUAAACCAAAACGGCAACAAGCAGCAGCUCUGAACUGCGGACCAAAAGGAAAACUACUGCAGCCCACCUGCUUGUUCUGGGGAAAUGGCUCAGUGAGAAACUGGGUUACCCAGAUUCAGCUGAGUCCUUUAGAAACUACAGCAGCUUCUGAACAGCUACAGAUGAGUGAAAAACUAUUUUAAAAAUAGUCUUUAAUGUAGUGGUAUAAUCUGACAAUAAAAAUGACAGAAAAAGCCUUUAA